AUGAUUCCGGGCACUCUAACCGUCGCGCUAGCGGCGUUCCUGUUCCUGGCCUCUGCCUUGGCAGAUGUAGGACCCUAUUUCGACUCCGAACGGUACGAACAGGGUGGCAUGGGACCAUGGCCUAUUGAGACUUACCGUUCGACUUCCACCGUAGGCGCAGUCGUCAACUUUUUGCAGUAUGGGCCACAAUGCAAAGAUGACCAGUAUUACUUCAUCUCUCCGCGCGGGUAUAGCGUGCAUAAACCCGGGCCGAUGAUUCUAGACCAGAAGGGUCGCUUGGUCUGGACGAAGCCAUACGGGCACACCUACAAUUUCAAUGUCUACAACUAUAAGGGCCAGGAUUAUUUAACGUUCUGGGUGGGCGACGACAGUAGGGUGGGACACGGCGAGGGCACAUACUACAUGGAAGCAUUCACCCUCAGUGGUGCGAAUGGACUCGCAGCAGAUCUUCACGAGUUCCACAUAACCCUCGACGAGACCGCAGUUUACACUAUCUAUGACAUCCGCCCGGCAGAUAUCCGGGUCGCUGGCGGUCCUGAGAAUGGCUGGAUAUGGGAUGGCACGUUCCAAGAAGUUAACAUUGAGACGAAAGAACUCCUCUUCGAAUGGCGAGCCUCCGAACACUUCGACAUCGCCGACGUCUAUAGAGGUCCCGAAGGCUCGGGGGACGAUGAGAAACGCCCGUGGGACUACUUUCAUAUCAACAGCAUCGACAAAGACGCAAAAGGCAAUUUUCUUGUUUCAGCCCGCUACUGCAACUGCCUGAUCUAUAUCGACGGUCGCACAGGUGAGACUAUCUGGACUCUAGGCGGCAAGCGAAGCAAUUUCACCGAUCUUUCAGGCGGCGCAGCUACUAAUUUCACCUGGCAACACCACGCACGCUUCCGCGACAACGGCACGGCAAUCACCCUCCUUGACAAUUCAUCUCGCGGCAGAGGCGCACCCCAAUACCCAAGUAGAGGCCUCUACCUCGACAUCGACGAAACCAACAUGACCGUUCAAGUGCGCCACGAGUACUGGAACACAUCUCCUAUAAAAAGCCAAUCCCAGGGCUCCAUCCAGGUCCUCGACAGCGGCAACGUCCUUGUCGGAUACGGCUUCAGCGCCGCAUGGACGGAAUUCAGCAUGGACGGCGAAGUCCUCUGCCACGCCCACUUCGCACCUGAGCGAGACUUCAGCAGAGGCAAAGUCAUCUCCUAUCGCACUUUCAAACACUCCUGGGUCGGCACGCCUAACACCCUCCCGGACUUUGAGGUCUACGCCUACCGCGCAGCAGCCAGUUGGAACGGCGCCACCGAAGUCACGCACUGGGUGCUAGAAGGCACCAACGAAAAGAUCUCAGAAACAGCACAGCCCACCUUCCUCUCAGCAGUGCCUAAAGAUGGCUUCGAGACAGUCAUCCCCAUUCCGAACGACGCAAAGUUCGAAUACUUGCGCGUUCGCGCCGUCAAUGCAAAGGGCGAGACUCUUGCCGCUAGCAAGUUAGCAAGAUGGGAUCCUACUUCCAACGAAGCAGUCGUAGUGAGUGGUGAUAGCGACGAAUCCUUCUUUGUGGACCGUGAGACAGUCUAUGCCAUUCUCAUAUUCCUCACGAUUGCGUUGUUUUCCACGGCAGCGAUUGGCGCGUUUUUAUGGUUCGGCGUCAGGAAGGGCUAUCUUGUGUCUUGGGUACGGAGCCAUCGAUGGAAUGAUAAAGAACGCGGGACCUUCCAGCCUUUGAAUCGUUCGGGUGGGAGCAUGGAUCUGAGUGAUGCAGAGGUAGAGGAUAGUGUUGAGUUUUCGGCAUUAUUGGGAGAUCAGGUCUUGGGUUCGGGGCCGGAUGUGGAAAGGGCGGGGAGUAUGGAUGUCGUUAGGAGGUGA